AAACACAUCUCUUCUGGACCCUGUGCCUGCAGCAGGGAAGACGUUUUAACCACGAUGCAUAAGAUGACUUUCGAUGUUCCUCCAGAAAAACUCAGGAAUAAAUCGCUUCAAGGUUCUAAUGAUGAUGAUGGAUUAAAAGCACCAACUCCAGGAACCUCCGCAACUCGCAAGCGAAAACGUUCGGAGUCAAAGGAAGAAGAAACUGAAUACUCUCCAGCUGGGAAGACGGGUAAGCGCUCUCAUCAUAGUAGAUUCCAGUGCAAGAUGCCAGAAUGUAACGCAGUCGUAGGUGACAUAAGACGUCAUCUCAAAAUACAUGUCAGAAAGAGAGAGCUGUUGCAGGAAAACCUAAACGCCAUGAUCGAAAUAAUUCGACAUGGAAAACAGCAGUUUGGGCCAAUAAAAGCGAGAGAUUCGAAGGGCCCGAAGCGGCGCCGAAAAUGGUGCCCGAUUGAGGGUUGCGACGCCGUUGUCACCUACGUGAGCAACCAUCUAAAGAACGUCCAUCAAGUGAAACAUAACACAGUAGAAUACAAGAUGCACCUAAAGGCUGCUAGGCCAUAUCUUGGUCUUGAUGCUGAAAUGAACGUCUUACUGGAAGGACAGAGUGAAAUGAAUGAAGACGUUGACGAGAUUAUCGAGGACGUUGGAAAGGAAGAUGGGGACACCAUUGGAGUAGAGAACGAAGAUGGUAACAGCGUGGAAUUAAAGAAAAAGGCUGCGAAGGAUAUUGACGAAGGAGAAGACAUGCCGGUUAAGAGGGUCAAAAUGGAUACCGCACGUAACCAGGAAUUAGACAGCCACAGCGAAAAGGAGAAGAAAAAACCAAGUCCUGAGAUCAGCAAGAAGAAAAGCCACCACAAGAAAACCAAGUGUAGGAUAACUGGGUGCACUUUUUACAGCUGGGAUCUUAACCGCCAUAUGAAAACACACGUCCGGAAGGGGCAUUUGGAUGAGGAAAACCUCUCUCGUGUCAUAUCAUUGUCGUCAGCAUCAACAGAGAAACCUGAUGGAAGGAGGAAACGAUGGUGCCCAAUAGGUGGUUGUGAUGCUAUCAUAAAGUACGUGUCAAAACAUCUGAGAAAUUUUCACAAUAUAGAACCAAACUCGAAUGAGCUGAAAGAACUGUCCAAGUCGGCAAGGGCGUACGCUGGGCUAAAGGCUGAAAUUGACUUGUUUGUCAAUGAGAUCAACGAAGAGAGGCCCAGCGACUCAAAGGAGUCACCCGAGGAGGAGGAGGAGGAGGAGGAGGAGUUCGACGAAAAACGCCCUUUAUCUCCUAAUGGCAGCAGGAAGGCAAAAGGAAAAUCCCCAGUAAAGCCAGUCAGCCCAAUAACGUCGCAUACCGUUUCCGAACAAAGUGCUGAUGACACAGGUUCUGAAUACGAACCAAGUACCGAUGAAGAUACAGAAUCUUCAUCAUCUGAAGAAGAGGAUCAUCCAUCAAGAAAGUCAGCGUCGCCAAAGACACGGGAAGAUUAUUACAGAGCUUCAAAGUUUGACAACGGCCGCCACCAAUGGCUCUGUGGGUUUUUUAAUUAUUUGAGCCUUCCAUCAUCAGGUUAUAAGAAAAUACAUAUUAGGCUACAGCACGUCACCCAGGUGAAGAUAUUGCUUGAGGCAUUAGACCCUAAGGGAACAGAUAUCAAAUGCCUUGCAGAAGACCACGGUAAUGCAAUUUGGACCAAAUACAUAGACCCAGAAGUACAAGCCGGUAACAAAGCGCCAGGGACAUUGAUUUCAUACUUGACAAGUGUUGAAAAGUUUCUGCAGUAUGUAACCUCCCAAAAGUACGACCCCAAGCAAAUGCCACAUUUACUACCGUCCUGCAAAAAGAAAUUUAAUAGGGUUAUUCCAAACUUCAAAGGCUGGCGUGCAUGCAUUGACUCGUGUACGCAAGAUAGGCAGCUCAGAAAAUACAUCCAGGAAUGCGACGACCUGAUUACACCAGAACAGCUUGAAGAGGUUAAGUCCUCCAUACCAUACACUGAAGGAGAGAAAGUCAUUGUCAAGGCGUCUCUUGGAAAGCCGCUGAACAAGCAUGAGUUCACAUUAGCAAGAGACCUAAUAAUCUUUAAAUUUUCAAUUGCGACUGGCGCUCGUCCAGGUGCUUUAAAUAACGCUCUGCUUGAAGACUUCAAGACAGCAACCUCUAACGAUGGGAAAAGGGUGAUUCUUGUCCCAAAGCACAAGCGAAGUAAAGACGGCCCAGCGAUGCUGGGAAUGAACGAAGAGCUGCAGCUUAUGAUGAAUGUUUACGUGGAGUUUAUUAGACCUCAGUUCGCCAUGCCUUCAGAGACAAAAUUAUUUAUCAAGGACGAUGGCUUUGCAUUCAACGAGGGUACCAUCGGGAAGGUGCUCUCCAGAUUUUUGGAGAAAACUAAAGUUUUUAAGAAGCGAGUAAGCCACACGCACAUUAGAAAAUUUAUUGCCACUCAGACCUACCAGCAUGCAAGCCCACAGGAGGUCGAACAAGUUGAGAAGGCCAUGUGCCACGGGAAAGAUACACGAAAGAAGUGCUACAUCAGACAAGAUUGUACACGAACUACUGCCACUGCCAUGGAUAUAAUUGAGCGCGUACUAAGGCCCUCAAAAAAAAAAUAAUAAUAAUAAUAAAUAAUAAUGAGAACAUUUAUAUAGCGCCUAUUAUGUAAUAGAUCUAGGCGCUUAAUUUUAUGUCUCUAUAUCAAUAUCUUCGCAUUUAGCAUCGCUUUGAAACAGAGGCUUGGGGCAAGUCGAAAAUCGCCUAUUACUAUUCAUUUAAAAUAUUUCGCCGUUUCUGAUUGGCUUUAUCCCUCUCGGCUAAUCCUUCAUGACCAACUGCCGAAUAGCCUGCGAAAACAUCCGUUUCUCCUCGCUCUUCGUCGCUGAGGACGUUUCGCGCUGACCUGCGCUGACCGAAUCAACUUAAAUCUCGUUCCCAGGUUUCUCUCCCCUCCUUCCUCAAGAGAGGAAGACAGAGAACCCUGGGAUCGAAGUUGUGACGAAAUUGGAAGAUGUGAGCAAUAUAGUCAAUAUCAAAUCAAUGACCUCAGUCACACUUGACGCACUGAAGUGAACUAAUAAAUUAUUUUGCAUUCUCAUAAGUCGAUAAUGUUGUCAACGAAACCUUCUUCCGCAUAAGUUCUUUUUGCUUUUCUUCAUGCAGUUUUCAUUUUUUAAAAGUACAUUUAUUGGCCUCUCCAAAGAGGUUUUUAAAAACUUAUUUACACUUUGUUUAUUUUGAUAACAAGAUUCAAACAAUAUUAUUCAAAUCAGUUAUAUGACAAAAUAGAGUUUAAAAUAAAUUAUGUACUAUACAGAUCAUCAAAUUUUUACACGGUUGAACUAUUUCAGCUAAAGUUGGUGGCUAAAGGAUUAUAAUAAAACCGUUCUUAACGCUGCUUGUUUCAAGAACCUGUUUCUGUUAACCUGCUUCUUAAUACACGUCGAACUUAUACAAAGGUACUUAUUGUCACUUAUCACGUCACUCGAAACAAAAACUGACCAUGAUAACAUUGCGAAAAUAAUUCACGGAGGGGAUGCUUUUCUUUCUCUUUUCCCAUUCAGCAGCGGCGGUUUCCAUCACCUAAACCUUUCCAGUUUUCGUAC